AUGUUUUCGAAGAAAAAGAAAAAGCCGCAAAUUUCGUGCCCGAGCAACUUCGAGCACCGCGUCCACACGGGCUUCGAUAAGCGCGAGGGCCGAUACGUCGGAUUGCCGCUGCAAUGGGCGUCCAUUGUGGGCAACAACCAGAUCCUGAAGUCAUCGAACCGUCCGCUCCCGUUGGUGGAUCCGUCGGAAAUCACACCAACCGAGAUACUGGACCUGAAAACGAUCGUGCGCCCUCACGGGCAGGGCAUCGGUAGUGGCCCCGGAGGUCCCGUUGGUGGUCCGGCCGUCGCCGAGCCGGGCAAACUGAUCCUACCGAAAACCUCCAACGUAGCGCGCUCGAACUCGCUGCGAAGCUCCAGUCCGCCGCGCGUACGACGAGGCGAUUUGCGUGCCAACACCAAUGUGCCACCUUCGGUACCGGAGGAACCGCACCAGCCCGGCAGCGGUCAGCAGUCUCCGUAUCCGGGGAUGAUGAUGAACAACAACAGUUUCACUGCGAAGGGCCCAGUGGUCGGUGGAACGUUCCAACCCGGCCACCAAUCGAUGAUGGAGACCAACUUUAACAACAACUUCGAUCCGCACCAUCAACAGCAUCAGCAGCAACACCUAGGGUCGCUUCCGCCCGGCGGUGGCCAGCAUCCGCAAGCGCCACACAUGCACCUGCCGCCCAUGCACCAACAGCAGCAGCAGCAGCAGCACCAACAUCCGCCGCUGCCACCGCAUCACCAGAUGGCCCCCGGUGGCCACACGAUCGUCGGCGGGGGGCCACACAUGAACGGGGGUCUGAUAGCGAACGCCGCCGCCAUCAACCCGGCCGCUUCGACCAACGGAACUGGUUCGAACGGAAACCUCUCCAAUCCGGUCAGCGUGCUGACGGAAACGUCCUCGCUCUAUCACAACCGAUCCCAGAAAUCUUCCCCGACGGGAUCGGACAGUAUCCAGCGGUACAACAGUGCCCAUCAUGGCGGUUACCCGGGACCGAUGGCCAGCAACAGCAGUAGCUUCCACGGACCGGGAUCCACCCCAGGUGCCGGUAUGCAGACGGCGGUGGGUCCUCCGCCACCACUGCACAGUAAACCCGGACCGACCGGACCGAAUAGCUUCCUCGCCCAGGGACACCCAGGAGGACAUGUCGGGAGCACCGCUCCCGGGGCGGGUGCUAUGGAUGGAACGCAGCAGCUCAACAAUCACGGCCCCCUCGGCGUGGGGCAGCUGGCCAACGAUGCGGCCAACGGUAACCAUGUGCCCGGUGCUGGUGGAUUCCAUCAUCAUCAGCAGCACCAUCAUCACCAUCACCCGCACGGACACGGCAUGGUGGGCCCGGGUGGCCAAACACCGGCAACUCCGCAACAGACCGGUGGUCCUCAGAUGUCGCCGACCGGAAUUCAUAAUGCAGCUUCCCAUCAGCAUCCGCAGCAGCAGCAGCAACCUCAGCAGAUGCCGAUGCAGAUGCCGGGCAGCGGUCAGAUGAUGAUGAACCAUCAGCAGCACCAUCACCACCAACACCACCACCACCACAACCACAAUCCGAACCCGCAUCAGAAAAUGCCAUCACCGUCGUCCGGUUCCACGGGCCAGGGUGACCAGCAGCAGCAGCAGCAGCAGCAUCCUCAGCACCAACAGCAAAAUCACAUUCUCAACAACAACGGGAGCGCCAUCGGCAGUGCCAAGAGCAACUCGCGGGCAUCCAGCUCGAGCGGUGGCAACGUGUCGGUCGCACAAAGCACCACCUCCACCACGCAGAGCGGCCAAUCGCAGCAGCAACCGCCGGUGAAGACGGAGCAAAGACUGACCCACGAACAGUUCCGAGCGGCGCUCCAGAUGGUCGUGUCGGCGGGCGAUCCGCGAGAGAAUUUGGAAAAUUACACUAAAAUCGGCGAAGGUUCCACCGGUACCGUGUGCAUUGCGACCGAUAAGUCCACGGGUCGCCAGGUGGCGGUGAAACAGAUGGACCUGCGGAAGCAGCAGCGGCGCGAGCUGCUGUUCAACGAGGUGGUCAUCAUGCGCGACUACCACCACCCGAACAUUGUCGAGACGUACAGCAGCUUCCUGGUGAACGACGAGCUGUGGGUCGUGAUGGAGUUCCUCGAGGGAGGUGCCCUGACCGACAUCGUGACCCACUCGCGGAUGGACGAGGAACAGAUAGCGACCGUGUGCAAGCAGUGCCUGAAGGCACUGUCCUAUCUUCACUCACAGGGUGUCAUCCAUCGUGAUAUCAAGUCCGACUCGAUACUGCUCGCGUCGGACGGGCGCGUCAAACUGUCCGACUUUGGCUUCUGUGCCCAGGUGUCGCAGGAGCUGCCGAAGCGCAAAUCGCUCGUCGGCACCCCGUACUGGAUGUCGCCGGAGGUGAUCUCGCGGCUCCCGUACGGGCCCGAGGUGGACAUUUGGUCGCUCGGCAUCAUGGUGAUCGAGAUGAUCGACGGUGAGCCGCCGUUCUUUAACGAGCCCCCGCUGCAGGCGAUGCGCCGCAUCCGGGACAUGCCGCCGCCGAAGCUGAAAAACUCGCACAAAGUGUCGAGCCGGUUGCAGAACUUCCUCGACCGCAUGCUGGUGCGCGACCCGGCGCAACGAGCCACCGCGGCCGAGCUGCUGGCCCAUCCCUUCCUCCGGCAAGCGGGACCACCGUCGCUGCUCGUGCCGCUGAUGCGCGGGGCACGCAGCCACAGCAACUGUUGA